AUGCGGCGGGACGGGGCGCGGCGCGGCGCGGCGGAGACGGUUGGGUUUUUGUCGGACGCGCACGGGGUGUUUCGAACGGUGUCGGAACAUCACGGGAUGGUUUUGGGGGACGCGACGGCGCGGUCGUUCGAGGCGCUGGCGCCGAGGAUUGAGAUCGGGGAUGGGAUCACGCCGUUGUCGUUCGUGAAGCGCGCGGUGGAAAUCGCGCAGGACGCGAUGGGGUUGUUGAACGGAGAGCGUACGGAGACGGCGUUGCCCACGGGGGAGGUCGUGCGGGCGCUGGAGGAUCCGGGGGAGUUUGUGGCCGGGAUCGCGGGGACGAUAUCGAGGGAGGCCGCGGCGGGGGCGGUGAUUGAUGAUCAGGAGUGGACCAAGGUGUUGAAAUCCGUGGAUGUGGACAUCGGGCUCUUGCUCGCCUCGGUGGUGCUCAUCGUUCCGCUGUUCAACCGACUCAAGUUGAGUCCGGUGUUGGGAUUUUUGGGGAUCGGUCUCGUGCUCAAUCGAGCCGGGUUAUUCAUCGAGAAUCAAGAGGUUGAUCAGUUUUGCGAGCUCGGGAUUCAGUUUUUGCUCUUUGAGAUGGGACUCGAGUUGUCGUCAAAAAAAUUACAGUCUCUGGCCAAGUAUGCGUUCGGUCUCGGGCUCUCACAGGUGCUCUUCGUGAAUUUAGUAUUCGCCGCGGCGCUACUCCCGGCUGGGAACGCGCUUGGGACGAAGGUGUUGGAGUUCAUUCAGCCGGGUAACGAUCAGCUGUUGCAGGUGUCGUCGGUACUCGAGGCAAUCGUAAUCGGCUUUGCGCUCUCGCUCUCGUCCUCGGCGUUCGGGUUGCAGCUCUUGGCCGAUCGUAACAUGCUCACCACAAAGUUUGGUACCGCAUCUCUCGGGGUUUUGCUGUUCCAGGACUUAGCGGUGGUGCCGUUCAUCAUCCUGUUGCCUAUUCUGCAGUCGUUCCGCAGCGGCGGAGGCGACGUCGAUUUUCCCGUGCUCGCCGCCGGCGGCGCGACAUCCUUCCUCGAUUUGGGUGUCUUGGCGUUUGGAGGUAGGCAGCUCGCGAUCGCUGGAUUCCGCGCCAUCUGUCGAGAGAAUUGCACGAACGACGUAUUCGUCGCCAUGUCGCUCCUGGUGCUCUUCGGGUUCAGCUUCGCGACGAGCGCCAUCGGUUUCUCCGAUUCACUCGGCGCGUUCCUCGCUGGCAUCAUUCUCGCCGACACGCCCUACUCGCACACUAUUAUUCGCGAGCUCCAGGCGUUCAAAGGUUUAUUUCUUUCGUUAUUUUUCGUCACCAUCGGUACCACGAUCGAUUUGCCGCUCUUCAUCCAGCUCUGGCCGAUCGCGCUCGUGAUGACGGUGACGCUCAUGGCGAGCAAGACAGCCGUCAUCACCGCUCUCGGCGGGGUUGUGGGUUUGUCCUGGCGCGAGGCCUUGAUCUCAGGCGCGUUCUUGUCGCAAGGAGGCGAAUUCGCGUUUGUGAUUUUUGGCCAAGCCACGUCCGGUUCCACCGGUUCGCUCUUCCCGAUGGGCCUGGACGAGUUGCUCGUCAUCGUCGUCAUCUUGUCCAUGGCGCUCACGCCGCUCGCCGUUGACUUGGCUCUGAGGAUUGCGGGCCCUGAUUUUGUCAUGGCUUGCCAACUCCCAGAGAACACGAUCGACGAGGAAAUGAUGGACGUGGCGAUCGAAACCCAAGCGAACAGGAACGGCCUGGACAUUGCCGAGAUGGCGGGCGAACCGAUGGGCUCAUCGAUGUCGGUCGACGACGACGCAGACAUCGAAGUCUGGACAGGAACGAAGUAA